CUUCCUUGUUUCCUUAUUCUCGUCGUGUGGAAGAAGAACUUGGAGGGAGAAAGAAGUAGCUUUGUUUUUAUAGGAUUUGGUUAAUGUUACUGGUAGUCAAGGCAACCACUCUCUUAAAAGAUGUCUCGGUUUGUCGAUAAUUUUUGGGAUGCAGAGUUCAACAGCUCCCAGGGUUUUGAUGUAUUGAUGAAGAGGUUACAUGAUGGCAGAGAAACCUGUAAAGAAUAUGAGAAGUUCUUAAAAGAAAGGGCUAAGGUUGAAGAACAAUAUGCACGUAACUUAAUACGUUUAACUAAGAAUGUGUCGUCUAAGGAAGAAAUUGAUGGAACUUUACGGAGGUCAUUUGAUGAGGUCAUAUCCCAAACAGAAGUAAUGGGCAAUUCCCACAAUUCCAUGCACCAGCGUCUUAUGGAGGAGGCGAAGAAGGUGGAAGAAUUUCGUGAAACACAACGUGAAGUACGGAAGAAGGAGGAAGAACAGGUCAAAAGGAUACAGAUACAAAAGAAGGAACAUUACAACAGGAUGGUCAACACUAAGAAAAGUUAUGAGACAAAGUGCAGAGAAGCUGACCAGGCAGAAGACGUGGCAAAUAAGGCGAGACAGUCACCGAAUAGCAAAGAACUUGAAAAACUGACCAACAAAAAAGAGAAGGCACGUGCUAUUGCUGAAGCUGCAGAUGACCAAUACAGGGCAGCUGUAGACACUCUUGAAAACGCCAGAAAAGAAUGGGAAAAACAAAUGGCAACAUUUUGUGUAAAAGCACAAAACCUGGAACAAGACAGAAUCAAGUACUUGCGUAACAGUGUGUGGGUGUAUACAAACAUCGGAUCCAUUCAAUGUUGCACAGAUGAUAAGCUUUAUGAAAAGGUGCGUGAAAUGCUCGAAAAGUGUAGUGAUGUGGAAGAUAAUGACCUUUUCAUCAGGUCAAAGAGGACUGGCUCAGCUAGACCAGCUCCGAUCGUAUAUGAAUGUUACUAUCGUGAACGGCAAAGACAUUCAAACGGAAACCGAAUGCAGAAUCGGCCAGUAGCACAGGUUCCAGUCCCAGUGCAGAGAGGUCAGAUGUCACGCAAUGGAUCUGUAGACGAUCCGAUGUAUGCGUCUGUUAAUCCAAACAUGGCAUGCGAAUAUCUGGUUGCUAAACGUGACUACCAAGCAAAGGGUCCCGGCGAACUCAGUCUUUGCGCAGGUGAAACUCUGAUGGUUCUUGAGCGGGAUAAUGGAAAAUAUAUCCUGGUAUCAAAUGAUAGCGGGACUAAAGGUUAUAUUCCUGUUGACCUGACGUGUGACUCUUCCAUCGGUACAAACCUUUGAGUAUGACUUGUAUUGUACAGUAGAACCCCUUCAUUUGGGACACCCCUAUUAAGGGGACACUUUUUCAUCCACAAACUGAAGGAAAGUAUAUCUUUUAUCACUGGACAACCCAUAUUAAAGGGGACAUCCCUAUUAAUGGGGCACCCCAAUUAAGGGGAUGCUUUUUUGGCUCCUAAAGGUGUCCCCUUAAUAUAGGGGUUCUACUGUGUUCACUUUAUUACUUCAAGUUCAAGUCAAUUAAAACAACACAAGAUAUUCAGUAAUAUUUCACAGCUGUAAGGUUUUGUUUUGCUCAUUUUUUUUUUUUUUAUAAAAUCAGAGUUGGACCCUUUUUUCAUUUUUGUAUUUUCACCAUUGUGUAAGUAGUUAAUCCAGUGACUUAUUUAAUUGUGCUUUUAUAAGGGUUCUACUGUGUUCACUUUAUUACUUCAAGUUCAAGUCAAUUAAAACAACACAAGAUAUUAAUGAAUGUUUGGGAGGUUUCUCACGCAUACGGUUAGUGUGACUAAUACGUCAUCAUUUUGACGUCAUACGCCAGUUGCUAUCCGCAAAAUGUGUGGACAACACGCAUAUCUUGCUCACUACACGUAAGUGAAAAACGUGUAAGGAAAUUUUGGAUUUCUAUUUACGAUCUUCGUUUUUUUCACAUUUUAUGCAAGUGUAAAAAAUAAAUGUAUCUUUGAAUACAUACAUGCAUUUUUGUGACAUUUUAAGACAGCAAAUUACGAUAGGAUGCGUCUCAUUUUGGGGUAUCAAAACGUUGGUGCUUUGAGAAGAAAACAGCGUAUAGGCCUUGGCUCUAAGGGCCUACGCUUUAAUUGCGCUGUGAUUGCGAAAAACACAGAAUGGCUACAAACCGUAAUGGAUAAAUAAACGUAUGUGUGCACGUAUUCGUUCGUGUGCGAAACCUCUCUAUUGACCUGAAACUGAUUUCUAAGCAUGUGAAAAAAUGGGAUUUUACCUAAACCUGAAAAACAAAUAAUAUAGCAUUUUGCUUCUGUAUUUCUUCAAAGAUGUUAGGAAUGAUAAAAUAGAAGAAAUUUUAACUCUAGAACCCCCUUUUUAAGUUGCCUAUUGUAAUUAUGAUUAAAUUAUUAGAAUUCUAAUGGUUUUGUUGUGUAUUAUUACAUAAGAUUAGAUUUAUCAAGUUUGUUGAUAGCAAUCAGUCAUAUUUCCAUCUAAAUUAUUUAACCACUCCAAAGCAGGCUGUAGGAGGAAGUAAAGCAUCCAGUCACAAAACGGUUAAAUGUCUAUCUGUUACCAUCUAAAUGCAACAAGACCAAUUGAGGUUUAUUUACACAGAGCUCGACAACGGCAUGCGACAGCGGCAGAAAUAGAACCCACUGAUGUUCUUUGUGGUGAUCCACACUGAACGUGACAUGACUACGCGUUUGAACAACUUGUCUGCUCAGCAUAGAAUCAUUUUCUAUUUCUAAAAACUGUUGUGCGUCGUAAAAUAUUCUCAUCAAUCAAUUACAUCAAUCACGGCUGUUGUUGCGCGCUGUGUAAAUGGAUUGCACUGCGUGUCAGAAUAUUUUUGUCGCUGUCGCGUGCUGCACUCUUACGCCAACUGGCUCUGGGUUUACAUAUUAUGUUAAUUAUUUUUUUCUGUGAUAUAUUUUACCAUCACUCCCUGACACUAAGCUAUGUGUCCCUACCAGCUGGGCCCGAGUCUCUAAAAACCAGCAGGGAUCUAGGGAUCAUGCCCUGAUGGGACACAGGGUCCUAGAAAACCUGCAAAUUUAAGUCAUUUUUUGGGUAGAAAUGUAUUAUGCCCAAAAACAUUAUUUUUAACAAUAAAGGAAAACAUUUCUUUUUUUGGUCUUAAGAGAUAUAUGGCCAGAUUUGUGACUCUCUUUACAAUGCAUGUACAGUAUAGUGGUUUGUAAACUGUACACUUGUUUAAAAUAAAAUACACAUUCAAAUUAUAAAAAUAUGUACAGAAAUUUUAUAAAUAUUUUUAAAAUAUUUUAUUAUUUAUUUUGCAUUCAAACUAUGUGUAGUAAUUAAGAAUUUGUGAAUAAUGCUAUAAACUAGGCCUACUACUAUAUAAUAGUUAGGACAACAUUCAUAAGGUAUCUAUAGGAUUGUGGCAAAACAAGAGAGAGUUUGAUAAAAAAUUUUUAACCUUCAAUUAUUUUGAUCAUGAUAUUUGUUUCUUAUUGUACAAUGCUAUUGUUACUUAAGUUCUUUGCUUGCAAUAAGGUGUUUACAUACCAAUAUUCAUUGCCUAUAUGGACACUUUAAAUUUGUGCUGUAUAAGGCUUUGUCUACAUUACCAGAUUUUAUGUGACCAACUGGUAAUGCCCAUUCUAUUCUUUAUUUAAACUUUAUUUAUACAGGAGGGUGACCCUUCCAAAUUUUCCCAGACAGCCAGCUGAUGUUGAGGGACACUCUAUUAAUAAUAUAAAACACAUCUGAAAAAAUGUUUGAUUAAUUGGAUAAAUACAAUUUUUAUUUGGAAUACAUUUUAAAUAAAAUAUAACGAACAUAAUUCAUGACGAUAAAUGUUUUUAAAGAAUUUUAUUUAAAAUUAGUUAAAUUAAAAUUUUUUUUUUCUUUAUUUAUUGCACUGUGCUAUCAAAAUGUAUUGUUACAAAUAGCCAGGCUUAAGACAGCUUAUUUAAUUUACAGUUAUUAUUAUUAUUAUUAUUAUUAUUAUUAUUAUUAUUAUUAUUAUUAUUUACUUGUUUGUUGGGCACUUGAUGUCGGUGCUGUACACCACCUAAUAAUUUUGUUAGAGUUAAGAUGGUAUGGUACUAUACUCACUAAAACGAAAUAAUUACAUUUUUUAUUUUUACAGUAUUUUUAAGUGAAUCGAAAGUAUACAACUGAUUGAGUUGCAACUUAAAUUAAAAACUAAGUCUAUCUUAAUGAAGUACUUUAAACGAAUGUUUAUAUACUUAUAUUUGUAAUUUUUUUUAAGUAGAAUAUUUUAAUGUAUUUUUGAAUUGUAGGUUAAAUUAAUAUAUAGAUAAAGAAGCUAUUAAAAUAGACAUUGCAGCACUGUCUUGACCUGGAUUUUUUUAUUUCAUCUGUGUUGCCUCUUUAUAUUUAUAGCUACAGUAUAUAUUUUAUAUACCAAAGAUAUAUAAUUCCAUAUUAAAACUGGAAUACCCUUUUAUUAUCGAACCAGUCACUUUUUUUUUUUUGAUACAGUAAUAGUAUAAAGAAGCUUAACGACGAGUUGUGUGAGACGG